UUUCCCUCCUUCAAAGUUUCCUCUCUCUCUCUCUCUCUCUUUCUUCGAAGAGUCAUGAAUCCUCACUGAUCCCAGAGCGUGUGGCGGAACACUUCGCGUUGACGCUUCCGAAAGAUGCACGACUUUCUCGGAUCGGUUCGCCGAUCCUUAGUUUUCCGGUCAUCUCUGGGAGGCGGCGGCGACGACGAUGGCGGUGGCUUCGGCGGAUUCGUGGGGAAGAUAAAUUCCAGCAUCCGCAACUCUCGUAUCGGACUGUUCUCCAGACCACCGGACUUACCUCCUCCAAAAAGGGAUGAAGCGCCGACGAUCCGGUGGAGGAAGGGCGAAUUAAUCGGUUGCGGUGCCUUCGGUAGAGUCUACAUGGGAAUGAACCUUGACUCCGGCGAGCUUCUUGCUGUUAAACAGGUUUUGAUUGCCCCAAACAGUGCGUCCAAAGAGAAGACUCAGGGUCACAUCCGGGAGCUUGAGGAAGAAGUACGACUCCUCAAGAAUCUUUCACAUCCAAACAUAGUUAGAUACCUGGGUACUGUAAGAGAGAAUGAUUCGUUGAAUAUAUUGAUGGAAUUUGUUCCUGGUGGGUCGAUUUCAUCACUUCUGGAGAAGUUUGGAUCCUUUCCUGAACCAGUAAUAAGAAUGUACACGAAGCAGCUGUUGCUUGGCCUAAAGUAUCUUCACAAUAAUGGGAUUAUGCAUAGAGAUAUCAAGGGGGCAAAUAUUUUGGUCGAUAACAAAGGGUGCAUCAGACUUGCAGAUUUUGGUGCUUCCAAGAAAGUUGUAGAGCUAGCUACUAUAAAUGGUGCCAAAUCUAUGAAGGGUACGCCUUACUGGAUGGCUCCUGAAGUUAUUCUCCAGACUGGACAUAACUUCUCUGCUGAUAUAUGGAGUGUUGGGUGCACUGUAAUUGAGAUGGCUACAGGAAAGCCUCCCUGGAGUGAGCAGUAUCAGCAGUUUGCUGCUGUCCUCCAUAUUGGUAGAACAAAAGCGCAUCCACCAAUUCCUGGACAUCUCUCACCAGAGGCUAAAGAUUUUCUCUUGAAAUGCUUACACAAGGAGCCUAGCUUGAGACCUUCUGCAUCUGAAUUGCUUCAGCAUCCAUUUGUCACUGGAGAGUACCUGGAAUCUCAACCAGCAUUCUGUAAUUCUCUUACGGAACGUGGAAACUCGAUUGCAGCACCAGGAAUGACCCUUAGGAGCUCAAUAAACUCUUUGAUCAGGAGGUCUACCUGCUCAGGCUUGAAGGAUGUUUGUGAACUGGGAAGCAUUAGGAACUCAACUGUAUAUCCAGAGAACUCAAGCAUCUCAGUAUCCUAUAUGCACGCAGGUGACUCUGACGACCUCUGUCAGAUGGACAUGGAGGAUCUUUGUAACACUUCAUCAAUCAGAAUAAAUCCCGUGUUGCAGUCCACCGAGUUGAAUAAGAGUUUUAAUCCUGUGUUUGACUCCAUGGAUAAGUGGUCAUGCGAGUUUGACAAAAGCCCAGAAGUGAAAACGAGUGGAUCUAACUUGCCUUCUUCCCAAGUUAUCGAACCCAGUUCUACCGCUCCAUGUGAUGAGUACACCAACUUAACAUUACCUGGAGUCUCAUCAGUUGCCGAGGACGAUGAUGAAGUCACAGAGUCAAAAAUCAGAGCAUUUCUGGAUGAGAAGGCUCUAGAUUUGAAAAGGCUACAGACCCCUCUCUAUGAAGAGUUCUACAACACUAUCAAUCCAAGCACACCUCGUGGCGAAAACGCGCUAAACCUACUCAGGACAGGCAAAUCACCCAAGAGACUACCAAGUAGACGACUCUCUUCAAUCGGUGAUGCUAUAACGAGCCCUUCCAAAAGCACCAAACGCACACUAAACGCGAGCAGAAUGUUGCAGCAGGUCAAUGAAACACCUCGGGUUGACCUUUCCGGUGAGAAGCCAGGAAUGGGUAAUAACCCUUGCUUUUCAGAUAUAAGAAGAAAAUGGGAAGAAGAGCUCUACGAGGAGCUCGAGAGGCAUCGAGAGAAACUACGACAUGCUGGUGUGGGAGGGAAGACUUCAUCGUCGGUCCAUACAGAGCGUUCAAAACUCGCGUUUCCUGGGAGCUAAGCACUGUAUGUUCGUUCCUCUUUUUCUCACUUUGCACCCCCCAAAUAUAUAUAUAUAUAUAUGGAAGUAAGUGGUUCAUAGUGAUAGUAUACAAUUAUACUUACACCGUAGGAUACCUGCACCUUCUUCUUCUGGUGUGUAAUCGGUAAUCAAUUUCUUGUGGGCCUCUCCUGUGUUUGUUGUCUUCUAAACUCUAGAGAUGUUGAAUUGGGAAAGAGUAGUACAUCACAACUUUUAGACCCCAUAAACAUUAAGGGGAAGAUAUCCAAACAUAUGUGCGUAUGAUUUUCCA